AUGAGGGUAUUGCUUCCCCUGGCUUUUGUUUGCUUUACAUACAGCAAGGAGAGUUACUUCAUAGGGCAAAAUUUCAAUUUCAAACUAACUGCGGAGCGCUCAGGUCCCCCGAAGGGCGCGCAGUUUGCACCCAUCCCUGUGGUUAAUCUUCCCUUCUCAAACAAAUUCUCUUCUCGCCCUCUCAAGGGCCGGCCUCCACCACCUCCACCUCCACCACCAAAAACCACACGUAGACCUACCCAACGGCCUAGACCCACUUCUACCACGACCUCCAGCCCCAUCGCUCCACCACCCCCUCCGGUACCUUUACCCGUAAACCAAGAACUUCCCCAGGUGUCCGAAGGCUCAGCAGUUCCCAAUCUUCCACCAAACGUUACGGUGGUCACCCCCGCCACGGAAAUACGGCCUGAUUUGGAAACAGUGGCAACCAGCCCUCCACCACCCCCCACCACUACACCGAGAACCAACGACUCUGCUCCAGCUCUUUCCCAAAGAUCCUGGCAAAACGAGGAUGGAAGCUAUUAUUUUGAUUUCCAGGCAGCGAACUCGAUCAAACGAGCAGAACAAGGAUUUUUCAAAAACGAUGAAGACCAGAUAAAUCCUAUUCAUGUGAAGUCAGGGAUGUAUUCCUUCACGAGUCCUGAGGGAGUUCCCUUCAGAGUGGACUAUGUUGCGGACGAGAGAGGCUACAGGAGCUAUAUUCGGUUUACUUAG